AUUCAAUGUAUUGAAGUGAGCAGUCAAUGAUUUGGUUUUAUCCAAAACCCACAUGUUUUAAAUCAGUUUACCCAGUUUACAUUUAGGUUAGAACAUUUUUAGUGACUGUGAAUCAAAUAUACAAUAAAGAAAUGGACGAGAGAUUCAAACAUAUUGCAACCGAUCCAAAAUUUCGGCGGGCUCCGAGAAACAAGAAAAAUGUUAAGAUUGAUAAGCGGUUUCAGUCUAUGUUCCAUAGUAAAAAGUUUAAAGGUUCUGCAAAAGUUGAUAUGCGAGGAAAGCCUAUCAACCAUUCAGUUGACAAGGAUUUGAAGAAAUACUAUGAAAUUAAUUCUGAUGAAAGUGACUCCGAUGCAGAGAAGCAAGAGGAAGAAGAUGGUGAGGCUGAACUUAAAGUUAAACAUAAAACUGAUAAGGAGAUCCCGAAGAAGAUUGUAAAGAAGCUUAAGGAUAUGGAUGUGGAUUAUGCUAGAGGUGAGGGAUAUUUAUAUUCAGAUAGUUCAUCAGAUGAUGAAGAAUCUGAUGAGGAAAUUGAAGAAAUUGAACAUGGUUGGGGUGAGUUGGAUGCUGAUGCUGAGGAAACUGAUGAAGUCACUCAUAGAUUGGCUGCUUGCAACAUGGAUUGGGAUAGAAUCCGAGCUGUAGAUUUACUAGUCUUGAUGACAUCCUUUUUGCCACCUGGUGGUUCUAUUAUUUCUGUUAAUAUUUAUCCAUCUGAAUUUGGUAAACAGAGAAUGGCUGAGGAGGACAUCAAAGGUCCAAAAGAGUUAGUUUCUAGUAAUGAUCAGUAUGAAGUUGAUGAUGAUGAUGAAGAAAAUGAGGAAGGUUCUAAGUAUCAUAUGGAAAAAUUGAGGCAAUAUCAAUUGAAUAGAUUGAAAUAUUAUUAUGCUGUAAUUACAUUUGAUAGUGAUAAUAGUGCUAACAAAGUUUACACAGAAUGUGAUGGAAUGGAAUAUGAAUCCAGUGCUACAAAGAUGGAUUUGAGAUUUAUUCCAGAUGACAUGACCUUUGAUGAUGCACCAAAAGAAUCAUGCGACAAGUUACCAGAUACUUCCAGGUAUGAACCAAGAUUUUUUACAACAACUGCUUUACAACAAUCUAAAGUGGACUUGACCUGGGAUGAAACUAAUCAAGAUAGGAAGGAAUUAACUGAGAAAUUGGCAAAAGGAAAAAUAGAUGAUAUAUCUGAAGCUGAUUUACAGAAUUAUUUGGCUUCUAGCAGUGGUGAGGAAUCUGAAGAAGAAAAACCACAAGAAAAAGAUAAUUCUGUUGAUAGUGAUGAUUCUGAUAUGGAAAGUAAUGAAAAUCCCAUUGAUAAAUAUAAAGCUUUGCUGGCUGGCAUUGAAGAAAAAGAAAAGGAAAAGAAGAAUAGAGACAUUGGGAUGGAAAUCUCUUGGGGAAUUGAUGUCCAAGAAAAAACAGAUCAACUUAUCAAGAAGAAGAAAGAGGAGAAUCAAGAUAAGACGCCAUUCCAAGAAUAUUUAGAUAAAAGGAAUAAAAAACGUAAAGAAAAAACUAAGCUCAAGAAACAAAAUGCUCAAGAUGAUGACAGUAGUGAAGAUAAUGAUGAUAUGCCUUCAGAUAUUGACAUGAAUGAUCCAUACUUUGCAGAAGAGUUUGAUAAGCCAGAAUUUAAGAAAAAGAGUAAAAAGAAGAUAGAGGAUAAUGAGGAAGACAUGGAUGAACAGAAACAGGCUGAAUUGGAGCUACUUCUAUUAAAUGAAGGAGACGAUGAAAAGAAGCAUUUCAGUUUGAAGAAAAUUCAAGAACAGGAAAAUGAUAAAAAAUCCAAGAAGAAAAAGAAGAAAUCUGCCAGUGCUGCUGAACCAGUUGAUGAUUUCAAAGUCAAUGUUAAUGAUGAAAGAUUUUCAGCACUAUUUACUAGUCAUCAUUAUAAUAUUGAACCUACUAAUCCACAUUACAAGAAAACUAAAGCAAUGGAGACACUGAUAAGUGAGAAACUGAAAAGAAGAGCUGGAGAUGAAGAGGAAAAUGAAGCCAAAAGACAUAAGCAGGAUAAUAAAAAGCAAUCUGCAGAACUAAGUGUUUUAGUAAAAUCUGUUAAAAGGAAAGCUCAGGAAUUUGGAAAAAAGAAAAAUAAAUAAUUUUGUUA